AAUCAUCCGAAUAAGACCAUGCGGAUGUAAGAUUGGUCAGCAAAUUCAUAGCCUCCACUGGCUUGUUCGGCGCUACAUGGGCUCUAGCACUUCCUGCAAGCAACUCUAGCUCUACUUCGAAGCAGUUGAGAUCCACCAUGGCCACCACAAACAACUGCCGCCCUCCACGUUCAUCGUCGCAGCUUCGGGCCCUUCAACGACGCGAUGCCGUCGCAAAAUCUUCUUGCAAUACGGCCCGUUUCUGUUCACAUACAAAACCCUAUAUACACCUCUGUGGGCGGAAAAAAACUGCCCUUCUUCCGUCCAUCACACAAGGCAAAACACGAGCGAAGGCGCGUGGUUUAACCGGGGCGCCCGGGUGGACAGCUCAUUUCCAAGACGCCCACAACCCGCACCCCCGCGCAAAGAACCAGAUCGCAACUUAUCUCCUAAGGUCCCCGGCUCGGCCGCCAUGGACGUGGGCACCAACGUGUGGGUUAAGACCAAGGACGCCGCCGUCUGGGCUGCAGGCGAGGUGGUCGACUACCAGGACGCGAGCGGCAUCGUGCAAGUUCGGCGCCUCGACACGGGCGACAUCGUGAUGCGUCGCUAUCCGGGCUUCGACGACGAGUUGUGUCUGCGCAACAUGUCGGCCAACUUCCCGACGAUGUCGAGUCUCACGAGUCUCGAACAUCUGCACGAGGCGGCGCUACUUCAGGCGCUGAGUGAGCGCUUCGACCACGACCAGAUCUACACUUCCAUCGGAGACAUCCUCGUGGCUCUAAACCCGCUCAAACCGUUGCCAAAACUCUACUCCGAGACGCAACUGAACGCAUACAAACAUUCCAUGACAAACACCAACCCAGCGUCAGUGCAAAAAGAGUUGCCACCUCACGUGUUUGCCAUCGGUGGCAAAGCUUUCGGCGGACUAUUAAAACCGGAACGACGUAAUCAGAGCAUCUUGGUCAGCGGAGAGAGCGGCAGUGGCAAAACCGAGAGCACCAAGUUCCUCAUGCAAUUCCUAACCAGCGUGGGACGUGAUCAGUCACGCUCAGAGCAGGAAGGGAGCGACGCAGUGGAAAUUGGCAAGAGAAUCCUGCAAACGAACCCCAUUCUGGAAUCUUUUGGCAAUGCACAAACCAUCCGAAAUGACAACUCGAGUCGGUUCGGCAAAUUCAUCAAAAUUCAGUUCGGACACAACAACGAGAUUGUCGGGGCCCAGAUCGUGAGUUAUUUGCUGGAAAAGGUGCGACUGCUGCAUCAGAACCCGGAGGAACGCAGUUUCCACAUAUUUUAUGAGCUGCUCGAAGGAGCAGACAAGGAGCUGCUGGACGCUCUGGGGCUGCAGAAAGGAGGCAAAUACGAGCUACUCAACUCGUAUGGACCCAGUUUUGCUCGGAAACGAGCUGUUGCAGACAAGUAUGCGCAGUUGUAUGUGGAGACUGUGCGUGCGUUUGAAGAUACUGGUGUAGGCGAGCUGGAACGGCUGGCUAUUUUCAAGAUUUUGGCAGCAUUGUUGCACCUAGGAAACGUCAAUUUUACAGCGGAAAACGGACAGGAAGAUGCGGCGUCUGUCACUGCCGCGUCGAGAUUUCACUUGGACAAAUGUGCAGAGCUCAUGGGUGUAGAUGUGGACAAACUGGAGACGCUAUUGAGUAGUCGAGAGAUCAAGGCUGGUGUGGAGGUUAUGGUGCUUAAACACAAUCCGGAGCAAGCCAAGGAGAUCUGUGGCUCGCUAGCUAAGGCGAUCUACGGGCGCCUGUUUACAUGGGUCGUUCGGCGUCUAAGUGAUGAGAUCAAUUACUUUGAUUCAGCCAUCUCCAUCUCAGACGAAGACGACGAGUUGGCUACUAUCGGAAUUCUGGAUAUCUUCGGCUUUGAGAGCUUGAACCGCAAUGGCUUCGAGCAGCUCUGCAUCAAUUACGCCAACGAAAGACUCCAAGCGCAAUUCAACGAGUUCGUCUUUGUUCGAGAACAGCAGGUGUACAUUGCAGAAGGGAUCGACUGGACGAAUAUUUCGUACCCGAGCAACGCAGCAUGUCUGGCUCUCUUCGAUGACAAAAGCAACGGUCUGUUCUCGUUACUGGACCAGGAGUGUCUGAUGCCUAAAGGAUCGAACCAAGCCUUAAGCACUAAGUUCUAUCGUUAUCACGGCGGAGAAGACUCGACAGGAUCACUCCAACAACAGAGUACUCUGACGUUUAUGUCGUCCUUCAGUCGCUACUUGCAUCGAGCUGGAUCGCAAGAGGAAUCCGUACAUCAGGACACUAAGAAUCACCCUUUUUCGGCUUCUAAGAUGGAGCGUGUGAACCACCAGUUCGUGGUCCACCAUUUUGCUGGUCGCGUGUGCUACAAUGUGGAGCAGUUUGUUGAGAAGAACACUGAUGCGCUGCCUGCAGACGCCAGCGACAUCCUGUCUUCUUCAAGUAACGACGUUGUGGUGGCGAUCGGAGCUGAUGAGAACGUAGACUCUCCAACUGCUGACAAUGGAACUGCUGGACGGAGACGCUAUUCCAUGCUGCGUGCUCCUAGUGUGUCGGCGCAGUUCAAGAGUCAGCUAGACCGACUUAUCGUUCAGAUCGGACACACUGAAGCCCACUAUGUUCGUUGUCUGAAGCCCAACGAGGUCAAGAAGCCUGGCAUUUUCGAUCGCGAGAGGAUGGUAGAGCAGAUGCGCUCAGUAGGCGUGUUGGAAGCCGUGCGCAUCGCACGCCAUGGCUACUCUGUACGUCUCGCACAUGCGAGUUUUAUCGAACUGUUUUCGGGGUUUAAGUGCUUCUUGAGCACACGAGACCGAGCUGCGAAGAUGAACAACCACGACUUGGCACAAGCUCUAGUGACCGUGCUGAUGGACAAGGUGUUACUAGAGGAUGGAGUAGAGCGUGAGGAGAAGAACCCUGGCGCUCUAACUGCAGUUACUGGUGACAGCAGUGGCACAGCGUUCGAGAACGACGUUCGACGUAAGGACGUGCAGGUGGGCAGGACUCUGGUGUUCUGCAAAUCUACCACUUACAAUCGGUUCUCUCGAUAUCGUGUGGAGCUACGAAGCCAUUGCGCGGCAGUGCUACAGAAAUAUUACCGUGGAUAUCGACGCCGAGUGUUGUAUCAACAGUUGCGUGGCUUCGUGAUUCAUGUCCAAGCGAUUGUUCGAGGAUUCCUGGGACGGAGACGAGUGGACAAACUACGCACACUACGCCGCGAACAGGCUGCAACUUGUAUCCAGGCGUGCUGGAGACGCUUUGUGGUGUUACGCAAGUUCACCGAGAUGCUUCAGCAAAAGCGCCAGGUUGAAGCUGCCACUGCGAUUCAAGCUUGUUUCAGACGUUUUAAGGCACAGCGAAUUCUAGAGGAGAUGCUGAUGGUCAAACGUCAGCUCGCUGGUGUCAUUCGUAUUCAAGCGAAUGUCCGGCGGUGGCUUGCACAGCGACAACUUGCUGGACUUCGCAAGCAGAAGCUUCGAGUUGUUGCUGCUAUCUGCAUUCAAAGAAAUUGUCGUCGUUGGCUGGCGCAGCUGGAACUUGCUCGACUUCGAGAGCAGAAGCUUCAGAUCAUUGCGAUUGUGCGUAUCCAAGCACAAUGCAGACGUGUGUUAGCUCAAAACCAACGCCAGAAGUUGCUACGCCUGCAGCUGGAAAUGUCUACUGCAAUCCGAAUUCAAAGUCAUUGCAGACGUUGGCUGGCUCAGCGAAAGCGAGAGCAGUUGAUACAACAGAAACGUGAGCGUGCUGCGGCUAUCAGCAUUCAAAGACACGGCAGACGAUGGCUCCAACAGAACAGAGUUGUUUCAGCUAAGCUCCAUCAUUUUCGCUUGAACGUGGCGUUCAGCAAGUUCCGUCGCGCAUGUCAAGAGUCUCAGGAAGCUCGUGAAAUGGAGGCCGAACCGUCUCCAAGCGAUGACUCAGCGGGGAGCAGAGCAAAGCGACGUAUGUCAAAAUCAAUUGGCCUACCAGCGACCCAGUCCAGCUCGGAACAGGAAGACAGCUCUACCAGUGAUGAUCGGAUGGAGCCCCCACUUCGUAUCUGGGUUCCCACCCACCACCGCUCCAACAACAGACAGCGUAGUCGCGCAAACAGUCGACGUAGCCGUACUAGCAGCAGCCACGUCGACGAUCGCAACUCGCUACUGGAGAACGAAAUCUUGCGCCUGCAACAAAUGCUCGUAGAGCAACAAAGCGGUAGUUCUCGACGGGAUCAACAGCGCCGGUCGUCGACUUUUGCCCGUCCACCUCGAAGUGCCCCGCUUGAUUUGAGUCAGUCCGCUCGUGUAACGCGCUCACGUUCCGGUCGUCGUCGGUACUCAGUCGACGGCGCUCUAUCCGAUGAUGAAGACGCAGAGAAUGACGACGAAGUAUCACUGUUGCCUCCGCGUCGUGCACGGAGUGUGAUGCCUGCACCACAAGCUGACCACGUGUCCAUGUUAUCACAGAAGAUCGAGGAGCUGGAUGCGAAGUGCAAAUUCCUGGAGCAGCUCGUGGCGCGCAAGAACUACGAAGACGCAGCAAGGGAGUCCUUUAUGUACGGGCGAGGGUCGUUCGGCGGCAGGGAACGCUUCCCCUCAGCCGAUGGAUCAUUGUACGGCGACACCCCACCGAGUGAAGCUGGCUCGGACGUGGACUCGAUCAUCUUCAAUAUCCAAAGUCAAAUGAACAUGCUGCGACAGUCGAUCGCAGUGAAGGAGCAGGCCCUCCAUACAUCUCGCAAGUCUCAUGCCAUGUCAUUCUCGUCCAGCACACGACCGACACGGUCCUCGUCAGCCGCAUCGACCACGUCGUUCUCGAACCUGCCCAUGGAGGCUCCUCCGAGUCUUCCGUCGCUUCCAUUGUCCGAGUCGCAGCUUUCAGCCGGUGGGUCAUCGCACGGCAACAGCCGACGCAGUGGUAGCAGUUCGCUUGGACUCCCUCCAACGCCAACAUCUUCGGUAGCGUCGUCGUUCUACCAAGGCCCGCCCCGUUCAUCUCCUGCACACUUUGGUGGCCGUGGCAUGCCUCGUAUUGUCAAGUGGGCGCGCUCCACCAACUGCUACGAGUGCGAGGAACCGUUCAACCUGUUCGUACGACGCCAUCAUUGCCGUAUGUGUGGUAACUCGUUCUGCCACGAGCACUCGAGCCGACGUGUCUCGGUCUUUGGUAUCGGCUUCGACGACGAACCUGUACGCGUGUGUGACACCUGCUUCGCCGAGUAUUACGCAACGUCGCAUGAGCCGCAAUAUCCUCCUCAGUACGGCUUCAGCUCUGGUCCAUUGUCCACAUCCUCACGACUCAGUGGCUUGUAGUGAACUAACUAGAGGUCUUUGAAGAACUUACAAGUAGAAUACCAUAAUGUAAUGUGUAGUUUUUUUUGGUAGUUAGAAUUGUUUUAGAAUUAAAGAUACUUCUUCUGAAAAGUAGUUUGACAUUCUUUGUGGCAUCAACUCGGCAUACAUAAUCAAAUGACCAUGAGUACUGAA